AUGGAAAAACCAGUCGAUAUUCCGGAAAAUUCUGACAAUAGCGGGGAAUUAGAUAAUCAAAUUGCUGAAUGUUCAUCAAAUUGCUGUUCACAUGAGAUAAAAGAUGAGUCAACGGAGGACAGGAAAUCUCAACGCGAACCUUUACAAGAAGCGCCUCAAGCUGUUGUCAAACAAGAGCUCUCAUCUGACGCUGAGGAUCUUCCUGGUUCUGGCUCUUUGGAAAGACGUUUGACAAGGGCGCGACUCGUGCGCCGACGGACUCUCGCCCUGUACGACAAUCAGGUGAAAGCCUUUGUUAGUCGCAAAGCGCCCCAAUUGUUCGAAUCGGCUUUCCUCGUUGAGUUGAAAAGAGUCAGUGACGAUGUGAACUGUUCACCGCGCUGCGCUUUCAAACCGAUCAUUACCUUUCGAUUUCCGUCGGAGACAACCGCUCCAAUCUCACCGCCGGAGCUUUUCUUUCCCGAUUUCUCUCACAAUCCAUUGAUCGAACCGAAUGAGUUUUGGAGAGGUGACGAGGAAUUUGUCAUUGCGCUCACAAAUCACAUCGCUGAAAGAAAGAACGCCUAUUGCAUUAAAUUCUUGCCGACUCGAAAUGAUGAAGCCGUCUCUCCGUGUGUUUUUGUGGUGAUCAGCCCGAUAAAGAGCGCAAAUUUCUACUUGGAUUUGGCGAGAAAUGCUGUCGCGUACGCUAAAUCUUCAAGCAAAUCACUGGAAUGCUUUCUGAAAUCCGUCUUCAAUCAGCCGUUUCCCCAGAAAAGAGGCUCCUGUCUUGUCGUUGUUGAAAAGGGCACCAAUGGAACAAAGCGGCGAUUGGAGAUCAAAAAUUUGGGCACAGCUAUUGGGAAACGAGGGAUUUCGGAGGUGAUGCAGCGAAUGUCGCCGGAAAUCGUGGUUUGUGUGAUCGCGGCUCUGCUCGGCGAUCAGCGAGUGCUUAUCGCUGGGAGUACGGUGGGCGAAGUGGCACAAGCGGUUCAGUGUCUCGAGGCGCUCCUUUUGCCGCUUGUCUGGCCGCACACCUAUGUCCCCGUUGUGCCAGAUAAUCUCACCGAUCUCGCACACAAUCCAACUCCAUAUUUGAUGGGAAUAUUGAGGAGCAAUCUUCUGCCACUUCGCGAUCUGAUUGUUGACGACACGAACAACAAUGACAACAAUGACAAAAUUCAGGUUUCUAGAAAAGAGGUUCCAAAUAAGGAAAUGCUAGAAACCAUUGUGAAGCAGAUGGAUUUCAUGUUUGUGGACAUCGACAAUGGCUUGAUCAAUCCACGUCCCGAGCACUUUGAUUGCAGCAAAGAUCGAGAUGCCUGGCGAACGCAAAGUGCUCAAGCGUACGCGCAAAAGAUGGGUAUUCCAAAGAAAGCCUCCGCCAAUCUCAUCAAAGGCUUCAAAGGUGCAAUGGCCAAUGGAGUUGGGCCGGGAGCUGAUGUUAAAGUUGAAAAUGCAAUGCUUCAUUGGUAUGCGCUCCUAUUCGGCCACUAUAAAUCAGCUGGCGCUAACACGGAAUGGGGCGACAAAAUAAAAGCAAAACUCAUCACCGCACAUCCAAAUCCAACAAUGAGACCCUAUUUAGCGUAUCUUUGUGAAACGGCCAUGUUCACGGAAUGGGUCGAGAAAAGGCAACGAUCUGACUCAAGCCCACCACUGGGUGAAGAGGUUUGCGGAAGUGAGGAGGCGUUGAAUCGAAAACUCGACGAAAUCUCCACCCAGCAAUUGCACAGUUCAUCCAAUUCUUCUAAACCAUUCUCCUCUUUGGUCACUAAAGUCUCAAAUGUACUCUCUUUUACUGGAUCAAGGAAGAAA